AUGAAGCUCUCUCCGCGUUUAGUCUCAGCACUUCUCCUCUCGUUCAUGCUCCUCCUUGCCACAGGUAUGGGUCCAGUGGAAGCAAGAACGUGUCAGUCGGCGAGUGGCAAGUUCAAAGGAGUGUGUCUCAACUCAGACAACUGUGCGAAGGUUUGCUCCGGCGAAGGUUUUGCAGGCGGUAAAUGCAGUAAUAUCAAUUGCUACUGCACCAAACCCUGCUAA